CCUCAGAUGUCUGGCUGCUUUUCUUAAGUGCAAUCAUCUAUAAUUGAAAAAAAAAAAAAAAAGCCAUACGUGGAAAUGUGUGUGUGAGAAGGUGCAUCUUGAAGCAGGGUUUAGUUACAAUCGAUCUUGGGGGGAAAAUAUUGCCUAUGGUCCAAAAAUAAGGAGCAACUAUGUCCUUCUCUCAGUUCGGAUACCCCUACAGCACCACUUCACAGUUCUUCGUGCCCGCCAGCCCCAGCACGACCUGCUGCGAGGCCGCCCCCCGCUCCGGGCCGGAUGCCUCCUCGGCGCCGGCCGCCGCCUCCCUGUGCUGCGCCCCGUACGAGAGCCGGCUGCUGGCGCCCGGCCGCGCCGAGCUCAAUGCCGCGCUGGGCAUGUACAGCGCCCCGUACGCCGCCGGUCAGGGCUACGGCAACUACCUGCCCUACGGCGCCGAGCCCGCCGCGCUCUACACCGCGCUGAACCCCCAGUAUGAAAUCAAAGACGGCGCCGGCACGCUGCACUCGGGAAUCGCGCAGCCCGCUACCUACUACUCCUACGAUCACUCCUUGGGGCAGUACCAGUACGACAGGUACGGGACGGUGGAUUUCGGUGGUUCAGCCAGACGCAAAAAUGCAACGCGAGAGACGACGAGUACUCUCAAGACCUGGCUGUACGAGCACCGCAAAAACCCCUACCCCACCAAAGGAGAGAAAAUCAUGCUGGCUAUCAUCACUAAAAUGACCCUGACGCAAGUGUCCACUUGGUUUGCUAACGCAAGACGGAGGCUUAAGAAAGAAAACAAAAUGACCUGGUCUCCCAAGAACAAAGCCGGGGAAGAGAGGAAAGAAGAAACCCCGAGGGAAGAGGAUGAAUACAGUGCGGAGGGUGAAGGCAGAGAGCAGAAGAGCUACAAGGAGGACAAGGACCUGCAGUUCAGCGACCUGGAGGAGGAGGAGGAGGAGGAAGAGGAGGAGGAGGAGGAGGCGGGGAAGCCGGAGAAGGGCCGGACCAGCUCCCUGCAGGAAGCCCCCAGCCUGGGCGCGGCGCUGCCCGAGGCUCCACGGAGCGACUGCAGCCUGCCCGGCCCCUUCCACGCCUUUCCUUGUGCCAAGGCCCCCUCCGCAGACUUCGCCCCCGCCUCCUUGGCCGGCCCGCCGCCGCCCUACGCGCCCGCGGAGAAGCCGCGCAUCUGGUCGCUGGCGCGCACCGCCGGGGCCAGCGCGGCGCGCAGGGGCAGCCCCGAGGGCGGCGGAGCGGCGGGGGAGCAACCCCUGCCCGCCAAGGCCUUCCGGAGCUCCGCUUUCAACCUGCAGCCGCUCCCGCGAAGCUGCGCGUCCCACCGCGGCCUGGGGGAGCCGUGCCAGUUCGCGGCGGCGGGCGAAGGCUUCGGGCGGGGCGCCAAGGGCGGCCCGGGAGGCACCGAGCUGGGUGGGACCUGCCUGGAAAGGCUGCGGACGGCGUUCCGGCCCGUGCUGCGGAGGUGAGGUAGGUGACGGGCCGGUUCGGGGCCCCGCCUCGCACGAAGCGCACGCCGGCCCGCCUGGCCCUGGACACAGGAGCGGCCCCGGCCUGAGAGCGCUGCGCCGGGGCCGCCGCUCGGCCGCUCCCGUCCGGCCGGGGCAGCAACCCGCGGCCACUUAGCACCAGCUUAUCCCCGCUUCUCCGUCCCGCAGGGCCGCCCGCCCCUUCCUGGGCGCUGGCGACGGGGCUCUGGCUGUAAGGAAGCACUCGGCUUGACGCAGCGAAAGAAACCUCUCCCCGGGCCGGCGGUGGCCUCGCGGCUCCGCCUGCCCUGCCCUCGCCGGGGAAGGGCCGCCGCGGCACAACGUGCUGCGCACAUGGGGCCGAGGGCCGCGGCGGGCGGAGCGGCCGCAGGACCGGCGCCUCCCGCCGCUCGCCUGCCAUGUGUUCAAUAUUGCCCAUUGACGUCUUUGCAAAAAGGAAGAAAAACCCCCACCCUGAUAUUUUCUCUUUUCCUCCCACGUCGUGUUUUGUUUCUCCUUUUUCUCCCAAACCUGCGCUCUCUGCUCAGCGCCCUGCUCUGCCAAGGGGCACCAGUUUGCUGCGCGCCAUCCCGGGGAGGAGAAGGAGGGGAAGCGGCGCAGGUUACGCCGGACUGUUUCUUUCCCGUCUCUGUACCUAGAUACCGCUGAAAGUAUUUUUCGGAGUCUCUAAUUAACACGGGUGAGCUGAACGCCACGAAGCUGUCAGUGACCUCGGAGCUCUCCAGCCAGGAGCCGGCACAGCCCAGGAGAAGCGGCCCCGGGCACCCGCCACCCGCCCUGGGGCACGGCCGGGGCACCCCUGGGCCGCGGGUGGCGACCGGGCAGCGAAGUAGGACGUUGUUAGUGGGUCACUGCCGCCAGUCAGUCAAAAGAGCAGUGCUGCACUUUACAGGACAGGCGAGAAAGGGAAACCGUAUCUCUGCAUUAUUUCUGUUUAAUUAAAAGUGUCAUCAAACACUUUGUGUUCGGACUAAUAAACCAAGCAGGGAUGAGGAAAGAAUGUUUCUUUGUUCCUGUCUCUAGAAGCAGUGGCAAUAAUUUAAAUUAAUAACUGUGGUAAUUAAGAGGUCAUCUAUAGAUCAACCCGAUACCUUCUAUUUCCAAGUUCACCGGGGUCAGCAUUUACAUUAAGUCAUUUGUGGUCAAUAGAGUCCAAUGAAUUCUGCCUUAAUAAAUCAGGGAAAUCAAUCUUGAAUAUCGAGUAGACUUCUAUAUGUUUACUAAAGGCUACUCAAACGAGUGGGGCUGCCUAACAGGGAGCCCCCUGGGUUUGUGACCGGAGAAGCAAUUCAUAGGGGAAAGGAGGAGCUGCAGGUCAACGCAGGGAGAUACGAGGGGGCUGCCGCCGGCUUCGGCCCCGGUAACAGCCGCGGCCCCUCCCGGGAGCAGAGGGCACUGUGAAAGAAGGCAAACAUCAGCGGGCUUUGGAGGAUCGGGAGGGAGAGAGAGGGGGAGGUAAGUGCACACAAGGGCAGCAGGUGACGGCUGGGAGCAGGGCUGGGCCCGUCGGGAUGCCCGGCCACGGGGAUUGCCCGCACUCCGGAGCAGCCCUGGACAAGAGGCGGUGUAGCAGCAGCAGUCUGUUGCAGUGACCCGAAGCUUAGAGAAGGGGAAAUUAAGCUGCGAAAAGAUAAACAUUAUUUUAAGUCGGAUUUGAAGGAUUAGGGCUUGUAAUAAAGAGUAUUAGGCCCUUUCGAAGGGUUCUUGCGAGGCGACUUUUCCGCCCACCGGAGAGGACAGGUAUUAUCUGCCUUGGGAGCACAUGUGCAGGAUUCCCACGCGUGUCCGCCCGGCAGAGCCAGGCCGGACCUCCCUCCCGGCUGUGUCCCGUCCUGCAGGGGAGCGACCCGGCUUCCUCCGGUUCCGUUCCCCGGCGGCUUUGUUAGAGGCUCCCUGGGGAGGCAGCUCUGCAUCGCCCUCCUGAGCUGCUCACGGGAGACGAAACCUGCCCGGCUCCGCGGCCCAGGAGCUGCCGGCUCUGCCCCCGGCCCUGGAAUCCCCCGGCUCUGCCCCCGGCCCUGGAAUCCCCCGGCUCUGCCCCCGGCCCUGGAAUCCCUCGACCGCGAAGCCGCGGGGGGAGUUAAUUAGGCGGGUGCAGGCCUCGGGGUCUCUUUAAGGCAGGCGCGAAGGUAACCUGCAGGAGUCUUAAGAGUUUUAUUUUUUAUUUAUUACUUUUACUCCCCUUUUAUUAAAGGUCAAGUGAGCGAGAUGCAGAUUAUCCCGCCCGCUCAGGACUCUCCUGCAAUCUGUCACGCCGUCAAGAUAUGUAUCGCAAAUCUCUCAAAAUAUAAUCUCCGGGAAUCAUAUUCCGAAUACUGUUUUGAUUAAAAACCAGAGGGGGGAUUGAUGGAGAACUAAUACCGGGAGCGGAGCCUGCGUGUGCCCAGGCACAAAACUAAAAUAACGGGCUCGCACGAACAGAUUCAGCGCCUCCAAUGCCAUAAUAAACGUAUUUAAACCG